AUGACGGCAUCCGAAUCGCAAUCCGCUGUUAUCGAAACAGCGCCUUUAUGGGUCGAUCGCAUCAGAACACUUGGCUCGAAGUCCUCGUGUAAAUCUGCUAGGGAGCUGUUAGAGGAAUGGAAGGUCCAUCCUCAUCUCAUCCGAAUACUGGAGUCCCACAAUAUAACACAACUCUUUCCAGUCCAGGAAAAGGUUAUCCCGAUGCUUAUAACAUGCGACGCACUAGAUCGAUACUCUGUAACGGCAUGUGAUAUUGUAGUAACUGCUCCAACAGGCCAGGGUAAAACUUUAUGUUACCUGUUACCAAUAAUCAAUAGUAUAGUUAGAUACAAUAGGAUUGGUUUAUUUGCUCUUAUAUUAGCACCGACAAGGGAGCUUGUUAAGCAGAUCAGUGAUUUUUGCAGCUGGUUUGUCGAGGAUGACCCUGGGACAUAUGACCUCCGAGGAGGUGAACUUUUGAGAGUGAGGUCGUGUCAUGGAAACACAUCUUUUAUCGACGACCAUACCUACCUUAUUGAACACCGCCCUCAGGUGGUUGUGUUUACCCCUGGUAGGUUCGUGGAGCACUUCACUCACCGGGAGGCUACCCGAGAGAAGGUUUUGGAUUUUUCUACACUGCAGUGGAUGAUCAUCGAUGAAGUUGAUUUGCUAUUAUCGCAGAGGUUCUAUAACUGGACUGCCGCAGUCAUGAGUAUAUGCAACGAGUGUCAAAAGAACGAUGAAAGAUUGUAUCAUACUUUUAUGCCUAGUAGGCCUCGUAAAAUAUUGGUAUCUGCUACUAUUCCUACAAAAUCAUCAGAAAUCGACCUUUUGCAACUAUAUAGGCCUCUAUUGGUCAAGAGUAGCAGUAGUCUUUACAGUCUUCCGGAUAACUUGAGCCAGUUGUACAUCACGACGACAAGAAACAACAAAGCGUUUGCUCUUAUUAUGCUACUAUGUCAUAUCAUGGCUACUGCUUCACCUGGUGACAAAUCUAUAGUUUUCUGUUCAUUCAAGGACACAGCUCAUGCGACAGCUCGUAUGCUUGAAAUGUUCUUCUCUCAUAUGCAAUCGCAUUUGCGUAUUUUAGAGUUGAGUGCUCGUAUUUCUCAGAAACAGCGUAACGAAGUUCUUGAGAGGUUUGGUAAUGAAGAUACUAUGUGUCUAGUUUGUUCUGAUGUAGCAUCUCGAGGUAUGAACUUUGCCAAUACCAGAACCAUCAUCAAUUACGACUUCCCCAAGAAUGUAACUAAGUACAUCCACCGCAUAGGUCGUACUGCCAGGGCUAAUGAGAGUGGUACAUCUUAUAUCAUAUUAUCUGGUAAGGAUGAGUCUGAGUUUAGUAACUUCACUGCUGAACUUCACCUUGGUACGGAUGAAGUUCGCAAAUUGUCAAUGAGUGAUCUGUUAAGUGUAAAGCGUGAGCCUGAAAUUAAGGCUGCUUAUGGUGUAGUCAAGGAUAUGGUCGAUCGAUGUUUGGAACUUGAGAAGGUCGGCAGUAUCGCACAUGACUCACCGCUGCCAUCUAAUUGGAUGGCACUGUUACAAGAGCCCGAAAAGGGAGCUGACUGA